UGGUUGCCUUGACGAUGAAGGCUGCUUCCUCUAGAGAAAACGUGGCAGGGUCCGCCACAGUAUUGACCUCCUGGGGGAUGACCACCCCCGGGGGGGUGACGCCAGCAGGCAGCACGACUGACUCUGAGGAGAAUGAAAGGAUUCUGUCUCCAGAUAUACUCUCCUCUGACCAGAUCAUUGACCUGCUAGGAGAAGAGGACGAAAAUGGAAUCCAAGAAAAAAUGGGAGUAUUUCUGAACUUUAAAAAUCUCCAGACUUCCCUACGAGACGCCAUUCUCCUGGACUACUAUGUGUCUGGGUUCUGCUGGGCCAAGGACAUGAACUUUUCUAUCGACCAGUACUCGAAAUUUAUGACGUUGCUGGACAUGUUACUUCAUAAUCUUCAAACACUGCACAUGUCCUUAGAGGACAGCAUUAAGUGGCUCGGGGAAGUGAUGGCAGAAAUCGGACCAAACCAUUCGAGGACCAAUGAGAAUUUCCAUGUCUUUGACGUCAAGGAAGCCAACGCCAUCAUCGAUUACUUAAAAAUCAGCUUAUUCCAGCACUACAGGCUGUACGAGUUUCUGUUCUACUCAGCCAGGGAAGAAAUUGUCAUCGGGACCGAGCAAACCAUAGAGGUUGUCAAGCCUGCAGAUUAUCCUUUACCACCCCCCCUGGAAGAAGGUAUGUCAUUGGACACGUAUUCAGCCUUCAUAGAGCCGUUGCCAACGCCGGACACGGAACAGAAGAUGCUGGAUCAAGAGCAGGGGUCUCAGGAACGCCUGCUGGAGAGUGAAACGGGAGAGGAAGAUCCCUUAGGAGGCUUCACCAUUGAUGACGUAAAGUCAGCCCUGGAGCGAGUGACAGAUGAAGUUUUGAUGAGCAUUCAGAACGAGAUAAACGAAAAACUGCAAGUACAGGAAGAGGCCUUUAACGCGCGAAUAGAGAAACUGACAAAAACCUGAGGACGCAGUACCAGCAAAGCGAUGCUGAACUUCAGAGAAACAAACAAAACCGUCCAGAAUAAUAGUGUCUCUAGAACGCUGUGUCACCCCCAUGCAGAUGUAGAAGGAAAACUCACUUCCGGUUUUCCUAACUGAUUGGCAGCGCGUUGUGCCGCCCCUCCCGUUCCACACCCACCUCUGAGUUUACAGUGCCAAGCGCAAGAACAUUGCUUUGCGUGUGUGAUUUUGGAGAGCUAUAUAUGAAAAAUACAAUUACUGUUAGAAUGGCGUUUUUGACUAUUCAUCUUCCAC